UUCCUUGUUCCGUGGAUAAAAGGCCACUGCCAACUCUUAUAAUGUAGUCAUUAUUUGUUCUGUGGUGAUUAUAUGCUCUGUGGCAAAUAUAUAAUUCAUGUAUUAAUAUUUUGUUUAAUUAUUGAAGCAUCAAUUUUUCUUCUUUUUAAAAUUAAUGAUAAUAAAAAAAUAUCUAUUCAAAAUAUUUUGUACAAUGUGUAGAGUUUGAAACUAAUCAAUACAAUAUUUAAGUUUUUAUUCUAAUUGAGGUUAAAUCGAGAACAACAUGGUGCAGGCUACCGAUGAAAUGGAGCAACCUGACUUGCCACAAGCUGUUAACUUACUGAAGGAAAUGAAUACGAAUAUACAGCAUGUGUCCCAGCUUGUAGACAACAUGUUGGAUCGAGUGAAGAAUGGAGAAAUCACGACUGAUAGUGGUCUUUCUUUCUUAGAAAUGAAGUAUCAGAUGCUUUUGAGUUAUUUAAUCAAUCUUACUUAUAUUGUCCUUAGAAAGUGCUCUGGUGAAAGAAUAGAAUCUGAUCCCUCAAUCGACAGACUUAUAGAGAUAAGAACAGUACUUGAAAAAAUAAGACCCAUAGAUUCUAAAUUAAAAUAUCAAAUUGAUAAACUUGUAAAAACCGCAGUUGUAGGAGCUACAUCUGAAGAUGAUCCACAUUUAUACCAUGCUAAUCCUUCAAAUUUAGUAAGUAAACUUGAUAAUACAGAAGAAGGCUCAACUGAUAUAUCUGCUGAUGAAGAAGAUAAAGAGAAAGCAAAUAAAUCAAAUAUUUAUGUACCACCUAAAUUGGCAGCAGUUCAUUAUGAUGAGAGAGUUUCACGUACUGAUGGUGAAAACAAAAAUAAGGAACGGUCAAAGAAACAAUUUUUAAACUCAAGUGUGAUGCGUGAACUACGUGAAGAAUAUUCUGAAGCACCUUUAGAGGUGAGCACUGGGAAUCAUGUGAAACAUUCAAUAUCUAAAUUAGAACAAGAAAAGACUGAAUAUGAAGAGAAUUAUCUCACUCGUUUACCUGUUACAAAAGCAGAAAAGAAUAGAAGAAAAAAUCUGACAACAGUUGGUGUGUUAGCAGAUGAAAUAACUGGUCGUAGUACAGGUCGUAACAUAUCACGUAAACAUAAAAUAAAAUCCAAAAAAGGAAAAGGAUUUAAAAGAAGGCGUACUCAUUAAUAUUUAAAUUAAAUAGUGAGUCUAAUUAUCUCCAUUUUUAAAAUUUCAGUUAUUUUUGCAAUUGAGAUUAGACUGACUAUGCUUUUUCUAUGACCAUUGAUUUUAUGUGACUGCAGGGUUUUCACAAGCUGGGCCAUAAGUUUUGCUUAAAUACUAAAAUUAUUUAGAUAAUAUACUAAAUAUUAGUGGCCACUUAUAUUUUAUUAAUGGUCCAUUUGCAAGCCCAUGCAUUUAUAUACAAAAGGCUUUGUAUACUUAUUAUAAAUUAAUUCUAAGAGUAUUACAUAAUAUUUAUAAUUAUUAAAAUUAAAAAGAAUUUAGAUUGUUACUGAAACUAUUUGUUUCAUUAAUAAUCUAAAAUACUUUAAACAGCAACAGAGAAUAAGAUGAAUACUAAUUUAUUUAAUACAAAUUAAUUAAAUUGAAGGUAAAAAUUAAUUAAAUAUUAUUUCUCGCCUAUUUUAUUAUUCUAGUUAGAAUAAUAAAUUCUUAUUAUAAAAAAAAACAAUCACAUAUUGAUUUUCACAUAAAGUAGAAAACCAUGAAUUAACUCUUAAAUGUAACAAAUUUAAGAGUUAAUUCAUGGUUUUCUACUUUUUAUGAAUAACUGUUAUAGAAAAUAAUAAGCCAGAAUGAAAGUAAUAUGAAGCAAAUCCCUUAAUAGCUAUGUUAGGAAUUUGCAGAAUCACAAAAUAUUACCAAGAGGUAUCACUAUUGAAUAUAUGGGAUCAUAAUUAUGUUUUAUUUACACUUAUAAGUACAUGCAGUCCAGGAAAUUUGUAAUCUAACUUUUUUGGACAAAUUUAAUAUUGCUAUUCAGAGAGUCAUUGAAGUUGUUUAAUUGUCACAUAUGUAACAUAAGCAUUAUAACUUGGUGUCGACUCAUAAUUAAUGAUGAUUCAAUAUUAUGAUAUGAAAAUUUAAAAUGUUACCUGUAAAGUAUGGUCCCUUUUUGAUCCCUAAAUUUUUAUAUAAGAUUAAAAAAUUCUAUUUAGGAGGUUUAGAGGCAGCUUAAUUAAAAAAAAAAUGCAUAAAUAUUCUAAAUGGUAUUCCUACAAAUGUAUAUAAUUUGUAGGAAUACCAUUUAGAAUAUUUCUUUAUUUUUAUAUUUUUAAAAUAUUAAACUAUUCAAGUAUUUCUUACAAAAAAUUAAUCCUAAUAUAUUGUUGCAACUGUUAAGUUAGAAAGUUAUAAAAACUAAAUUAUAUAUUUAAAAUAAAGUACCAAAAAGAAUUGUUCAAAAUCAUCCCCUGAACUCCAUAAAAGGAGUUGAAAUUUUAUAUAGAAGUUUUAACUUGAAAGAAGAGCAGAUAAUUCUAAAAUGUUGGUUUUUCUCCACAAAUUACACAUGAAAUAUUUAUAUACGCUUAAUUGUCAAAAAAUAUUAAUAAUUAAAACUUUUUUUGCUUUUAACAAGAAUUAAGAAAAAAUCUGAAACAAAGCAUAUUCCAUGGCAACAACUUUGUAAAUAUGGUCCUAUAUAUAAUAUAGUGUAAUAUACCCCUUAAAACAGAUAAGUAAAAUCUAAAUAAAUAGAUAUCAAUUGUUCCUAAUUUAGAGCUUAUGCCUGCUGUUUUGAUAACAUAGAAUACUUCUCGAAUGAUUUAUAGAUAAGAGAUUGUGAUUAUACCUUGAAAUACCAAUAGCUAUAAUUUGAAUCUAGUUGGAAGUAAAUUUUUUCAAGCUUAUUAUUUAAAUGCAAUGUUUUCAAAUUUUAAUAACUAAUUGUAUUUAUUUUCAUUCAUAAAAUAAUUUUAGACUUGGGCCAGUUGUGAAACCCAAAUUUUCUUUUUAAUUAUGUUGACAAUUUGCCAUUUUUCUGUUUAAAUGUUAUGUUAUAUUCAUUUCAAUUGUGUUAUGUUCUAUUUUUGUAUCGUUAGGUAUAUAAGUAUUAAGGUAAUAAAUCGUUUUAAUUA